UGUUCGGUUGUGAUGGUUGCUUAGGCUUUUAUAUAUAGAGAGAAGAUUCCACAGUGGUACACAACCUGGCAAGUCUCUUAACGUAUAUCCCGAGUGCCUGCCUAAAUCUUAAGCACAGAGCGAGGGUAGACAUAUUGUUUUUUCUGUAUAGAGCCAUCUGUUAUGGGGCUGGCAUAUGUGGAGGCAGGGCCCAAGUGAGGAAUCGGUGGGUUAGUGGAGAAGGGUGUGUCCAGAUGAGGACGUGUUCGCAGUGGGUGUUAAUCGUGGUCAUCUGUGAUGGUAGCAAGAACACAAGCAUCCUGAAGAGUGGAGAGAGGAAGCUUCAGGCCCUCUCUGCAUCUGAAGCAGGACAGGAUGGGGUGCAUGAAUGUGAGGAGUCACAGUAGAUCUGCAGAUCGUCUAACUGAGUGGGUCUUCCAGCCCUGACUUUUCUCCAGUAACGGGCAGUUGGCCCUGGGGGACCAAUGGAAUAAUCCUAAAUAUAGUCAACAUAUGUCAUGCUAUGGAAUGUUCUAAGUAACCACUUUUUAAAAAGAUGCAUUUUUUCCUUUUGUUGUGUCAAAAAUCAUAGGUUUAAGUUGGGGUUUAUUUUUCUCCUCUCUAAAUGGCACUCAAAUAUUUGCUGAUUCCCUAUAUAUUGGACUGGGAUGUAUGGUUGUGGACUGACAAAUAGCUGUCCCAUGAGUCUUUCAAUAUCAAAUGUGGUAUCUUUUUUGACAGAUGAACAAGUACUUACAGAGGGACCAUUCAUGAAAAUAUUAGAAGGCCGGAAGAAGUACAACAGCAGUGAGCUGACAAUUGAGCCAGAGAGGACAGCCCCAAAGAAAAAUAGCGAGAAUUUGUCAGCCUUCAUGAGCCUCCUGAUGAAAUUGCUUGAUGAGCAGCAGGAAGUAAAGGUUUCCAAGGAAGAGUUGGAAACAGAACAAUGGAAAAAUGAGAGGAUGGAAGCCCUGGGGGAACAGGAAGAGGAGGAGUCAAACGAGUUCAGAAAUGAAGUGCCAGGAUUUAAGAAGUACAACAACGUCAUCAUAGCAUCACCUGUGAUUGCAGUAGUAGCUUUUUAUUUUGUAGUUUUCUGUCUCAUUUUGAUUUGUCACCGUAAGGAGGCUUCAAAAGGAAGCUCAAGGUAA